AUGGAGGAGAAUGCCGUAAUACUGAAUAAAAGGAAAUUCGGUGGUCGAAGAAAGAUUCAAAUCAAGAAAAUUGAGAAGAAGAAGAACUUGCUAGUCUCGUUUUCUAAACGUCGUGCAGGCUUGUUCAAGAAAGCUGAGGAAUACACCAAAAAAUCUGGGGCUCAAGUUGCUAUCCUUGUCCAAUCUCCAGGUGGUAGAUUCUUUACCUUUGGUGGUCCUGACUCUGCUUCGGUAGACUCCAUUCUUGAACAGUAUCUUGCUGGCAUGAUGCCUUCAUCUUCAAGUUCUUCUUCUGCUAAGAAUGGUACUGUUGUUGAUGAUCAGGGAAAGAGUAAUCCUGUGGAGAUUGAAGAAAAUACUAUGGAAGAAGAGGUUAUAGAGCAGGGAUUGAUGGAAACUAACCAGGUCAGUGAUGGAAAAGAAUCUUUGUUGAAACAGCUGUUGGAUAAUGAUGAUCUUCAAUGCUUUGACGAACUCGAAAACUAUAUGGUCACCAUGAAAGGCCUGGAGAGUGAGGAAUUGUCUCAAGAAGAUGAUGGAACGAAUAGGGCUGCUGAUGAUACUAUUAAUGGUGAUCCUGAUUCAUCAAGUUUAUUGAAUCCCAAUGUUAAUCUUGAUUAUUUUGGUGGGUUUCCAGUGAAUAAUGAUCAGAUGAUCGGGGGUGCUCAUACGGCCGUCAAUGAUGCUAAUCCUGUUUAUUUUAGUGGGCUUCCAGUGACUAAUGAUUUUUUUCAAGAAUAUAAUGAGAUGACCAGGGCUGCUGCAGAUGCUGCUUCAUCAAGUUUGUUGAUUCCAAAAGUUAAUCUUGAUUAUUUCAGUGGUCUUCCAAAGAACAAUGAUUUCUUUCAAGAUGAUGAGAUGGCCAGGCCUGCUGAUACCAUUAAUGGUGAUGCUGAUCCAUCAAGUUUAGUGAUUCCCAACGUUAAUCUUGAUUAUUUUGGUGGGCUUCCAAUGAAUAAUGAUUUCUUUCAAGAUGAUGAGAUGAACAGGGCUGCUGAUGCUGUUAAUGGCGAUGUCGAUUCAUCAAGUUUAUUGAUUCCUAGUGUUAAUCUUGAUUGUUUUGGUGGGCUUCCAGUUGAUUUUGAUUUUGAUGAACCGAGUCCUCAGUACAAUGAUUGGGAGUAG